GGAGCCGGCAUGCUGUGCGCGGGGACGAUGUUGGCCGCCAUGUUGUGGGGAAGUCAGUGAGUUUCUGACGCGCAAAAAAACCCAGAAAAGCCGCCGAAUCGGUCGCCAUCGCAUCUCCGUGUGUGUUCCCGUGGAAUGAAUAUUCCAUGUGUUCUCCUGGGGAUGAAUGAAGUGUCCUGGCAGCAGGACUCGGCUCGGAUGAUGCACGGAGGAGGCGGCGGGGCUCCUCCGCUCAGCGGCGGCGGGCUGGUGCUGAGCGCCGCGGCCGCACCAGGAACAGCUCUGGGCCCCGGCACAGCCCCGAUCAUAGCGUCCAGCAACCACGGAAUCCAGCCCCCUCUGAGCGGCCGCUCUCAAGACGACGCCACCGUGGGUUAUUUCUUCCAGAGGCAGCCGGGGGAACAACUGGGCGGCUACUCGAGCAAACACCGCUGGCCUACGGGGGAUGGAGUCCAUGUGGAGCAUCAGGUCCGGUCUGUGGAUGAGAUGAAUCAUGACUUUCAAGCUCUUGCACUGGAGGGACGGGGAAUGGGAGAACUUUUACCUGCUAAGAAAUUCUGGGAAUCAGAUGAUUCAGCUAAAGAAGGCCAAAAAGGGAUAUUCUUGGGAGAUGAGUGGAGGGACACUGCAUGGGGAGCAUCUCACCACACUGUGUCACAGCCCAUCAUGGUUCAGAGAAGACCUGGUCAAAGUUUUCAUGGAAACAAUGAAGUCAGCUCUGUUUUGUCUCCUCGUUCAGAAAGCGGUGGUCUAGGAGUAAGCAUGGUGGAGUAUGUCUUAAGAUCUUCACCUGGGGAUAAACUGGAUGCUCGUUUUAGAAAAGGACCAUUUGGUGCUGGAGACACUGAGCCUGAUGAGAAUGAGAAGGCUGAUCAGAAAGGGAAAUCAUCACCAUUCGAGGAAGAUAAAAAUAGAGAUCUGAAACAAGGAGAUGAUGAUAUUUCCAAAACUAAUGGGCUAGUUUUGCAGAAUGGAAUAGAUGCAGACUGCAAGGACUUCAAUAUUUUUAUGCUGCACAGCCGUACUCCUGGAAGCCGUCAAGCCUCUCCCACUGAAGUGGCUGAACGCCUGGGUCCUAACCAGAACACUUCAGAAGGUUUAGGCCAAUUGGCCAAUGCCACAGCAAGUAAGCCAUCUGGAGAAGAGUUUCAUAAUUCUGACACACAAACUUUAGACACCAUUGAGGCCGCAGUUGGCCUAAAUCAUUUGCAGUUUGACUAUUCAAGCAAUCAAGUAUCAAUGGACUCUUCAGCAGCAGCAGCAACUGUAGGUCUUUUUGACUACAGCUCCCAGCAUCAGCUCUUCCAACGGCAAAAUGCACUGACAGUACAACAGCUGACUGCAGCCCAACAGCAGCAGUAUGCACUGGCGGCAGCCCAGCAGCCACAUAUAGCAGGUGUGUUUUCUGCAGGCCUUGCUCCAGCUGCCUUUAUGCCAAACCCAUACAUUAUCAGUACAGCUCCACCAGGCACAGAUCCAUAUACUGCAGCAGGACUGGCUGCAGCAGCUACUUUAGCAGGCCCUACAGUUGUCCCACCUCAGUAUUAUGGCGUUCCAUGGAGUGUAUAUCCAGCCAAUCUGUUCCAACAGCAAACAGCUGCACCAGCUGCAAACAAUACUGCCAACCAGCAGACUGCAACACAGGCACAGCAAGGGCAACAACAAGUGCUGCGUGGUGGAAAUCAACGUCCACUCACUCCAAGUCAGAGUCAGCAAAGUCAACAAGCUGACUCACUGGCAGCAGCUGCUGCUGCCAAUCCAGCUCUAGCCUUUAGCCAAGGUCUCGCUACAGGAAUGCCAGGUUAUCAAGUCUUAGCCCCGGCUGCCUACUAUGACCAAACUGGUGCCUUAGUGGUGGGCCCUGGAGCAAGGACUGGAUUAGGGACACCAGUUAGACUGGUAGCGUCAACUCCUGUUAUCAUCAGCUCUGCAGCUGCACAAGCUGCUGCAGCAGCUUCGGCUGGUGGGACAGCAAGCAAUUUAGCAGCAGCAGCAAAUGGCCUUUUCCGUCCAAUUGGAACUCAACAACAACAACAACAGCAGCAGCAGCAACAGCAAAACAACAAUUUGCAAUCAAACUCAUUUUAUGGCAGUAGCUCCCUGUCAAAUAGUUCUCAGAGCAGCUCUUUGUUCUCUCAUGGACCAGGUCAACUGGGCAACACAUCGCUUAGCUUUGGAAGCACUAACUCUCUGGGUGCUGCUAUUGGCUCAGCACUUGGAGGGUUUGGAUCAGCAGUUGGUAGUUCUGGAAGCAGCAAUGUAUCUAGAAGAGAUUCAUUGUCUACUAGCUCUGAUCUGUACAAACGACCAAACAGCAGUCUGGCUCCUAUAGGUCAGCAGUUCUACAGCAGCUUGGGAUUCUCCUCCUCGCCUGGUCCAAUUGGCAUGCCCCUUCCUAGCCAGACUCCUAGUCACUCUUUGACACCACCUCCAUCCCUCUCCUCGCAUGGGUCUUCAUCUAGUCUUCAUCUUGGUGGACUGACAAAUGGCAGCGGUCGAUUCAUCUCUGCAGCACCUGGUGCUGAAGCUAAAAGUCGCAGUGGGAUUGGUUCAUCAAGUCUGUUCAGUUCGAGUAGCCAGCUGUUUCCUCCCUCGCGUCUUCGCUAUAGCAGAUCUGAUAUUAUGCCUUCAGGUCGUAGCAGGCUGCUGGAAGACUUCAGAAAUAAUCGUUUCCCCAACCUUCAACUGCGUGACCUGGUUGGUCACAUAGUUGAAUUCUCCCAGGACCAACAUGGCUCCAGAUUCAUCCAGCAAAAGUUGGAGCGAGCUACACCUGCAGAACGCCAGAUGGUUUUCAGUGAGAUCCUGCAAGCAGCAUACCAACUGAUGACUGACGUGUUUGGAAAUUAUGUAAUACAGAAAUUCUUUGAGUUUGGAAGCUUGGAUCAGAAGCUAGCUUUAGCUCAGCGUAUCCGCGGCCAUGUUUUACCCUUGGCCUUACAGAUGUAUGGUUGUCGUGUUAUACAGAAAGCAUUAGAAUCCAUAUCAGCAGACCAGCAGGUAAUUAAUGAUAUGGUAAAGGAGCUGGAUGGUCACGUUUUAAAAUGUGUUAAGGACCAAAAUGGAAACCACGUUGUUCAAAAGUGCAUAGAGUGUGUGCAGCCUCAAUCUCUGCAGUUCAUUAUUGAUGCUUUUAAAGGGCAGGUUUUUGUAUUGUCAACUCACCCUUAUGGUUGUCGAGUUAUUCAGCGUAUUUUGGAGCACUGCACACCUGAGCAGACUCUCCCGAUCCUAGAGGAAUUGCAUCAGCACACUGAGCAAUUAGUGCAGGAUCAAUAUGGAAAUUAUGUCAUCCAACAUGUUUUGGAGCAUGGGCGUCCUGAAGAUAAGAGUAAGAUUGUUGCUGAGAUAAGGGGAAAGGUUCUUGCUCUAAGCCAGCAUAAAUUUGCCAGCAAUGUUGUUGAAAAAUGCGUCACCCAUGCCUCUCGUGCUGAACGUGCUUUACUGAUUGAUGAGAUCUGCUGCCAAAAUGAUGGCCCCCAUAGUGCCUUAUACACAAUGAUGAAAGAUCAAUAUGCCAACUAUGUGGUUCAGAAAAUGAUUGAUGUGGCAGAACCUGCUCAGCGUAAAAUUAUCAUGCACAAGAUUCGACCUCAUAUUACAACCCUUCGGAAGUAUACUUAUGGAAAACACAUCUUAGCCAAACUGGAAAAGUAUUACAUGAAGAACAGCACUGAUCUGGUGUCAAUUGGAGGACCACCAAAUGGAAUGUUGUAAAUUUAAGUGAUGCACACAGAAGAACUGUUGAAAACUGUUCUGCUUAAAUAUUGUGUGUGCCAAACCAGAUAGACUUAAAACACAACUUAACUUCUAAUUAUCCUCUCUUUUCUUCUUCCAUUAAUUAUGAUUUGUGUACCAAUCAACUCUACUUCAACUCCUAAAUGUGUCCUGAGUUUGUGUGCAUUUUGUUUCUCCUUAAAGUACCUUUGCUGGGGGUUUAUUGGAAAACCUAGGUAAAUCGCAGAAUAUAUGAACUUAAUGUAAUAGUAUCAAACUAACUUUUGUGUGUUUUGCAAGUUAAACCUUACAAAAUCGUUUGGUAGAGAGAAGAAUUUUAAGUAUGUAUAUGAACUACUUCACAUUCUGAUAGUUUUAGGUACUUGCUGCGUAAAAAAGUUCUCAGGCCCAGACUUGGGGGGGUGGGGGAGGAAAUAUUGUUAAAAAUACCACAUUAAUCAUAUAUAACAGAAAUUGUAUAAAGUUAAGUUGUGUUUCAGCAAGUUACUUUUUGACAACAAUAUUUAAAUAGCACAACAGUUAUGGUCUGUUGAAAUAUGUAAUUCAGGGAAGGCUUAAAUUACAGGCUGAUAUGUAAUGUAACUCCUGAUGUUUACUAUGGAGAUGUCAAUACUCAAUAGGUUUUAUUUUUUGAGGUAAACACUGCCCUGCUUUUCUAUUUCAGUGAUGUAUAGAAGCAUUGUACAUACAUAUGUAUUUAACCAUUGUAGAAGAGGGCAGUAAGGAAUCAUGAUGGUACACAUACCUAAAUUUACAAAUUGUCUGAAAAGUUUUUUUUUGCUAGAUUUGGCUUUUCAGUCUAUUUUGCAAAGAGAUGUGGGGAUUUGUAUUUUUCAAUACCUAAAUUUAACGUUUAUGAAGGUGUGGUGGAUUUAUUUUUAAUUUCUCAGUUUAAGGUUUGGCAAUCUUGGGCAGAUUGGAAAAUUAAGGGGCCAUUGAACGAUAAGCUUGAUAGCUCACCAUAACGCAUGCAAAAACUAAGGAAUAGACUUUGUUUUACUUAUAAAUAUGUAGUGUAUAUGAGUAGACCUUGCAAUUUAUAGGUGUAAGUUUACAGUUUGAAAAAAUGAAAUUUAUUGUUUGUGUUUAACCACAUGCUUCGCUAACUUAGUAAUGCAUAGUUUGUUUGUACAGUUGUACAUUUGUAAACCUGAUGCUGUAAAUGUUAAAAUGUCUUCUACCCUUCAGAAAACAAAGUUUGCAUUUUAGUGUAUAUUCACUAAUUCACUCCUCUGCCCUAGCAUAGUGUUGUAUAAUGUAAAUUUCUUUGAAUCAAGAUUUUUUUUAAAAUUGUAUCUUUAUAUGACUUAAAAUUUAAACUUGCUUUCUUUUAUCUAUUAGGAUGGUAGGAUUUGUUUAUAAUCGGAGCUGUUGAAAUUCUGUUAAUAUGAUAAUUUUUGAAAAUUUUACAAGUGUAAUGUUGUACAAGUAAAAGUUGUGCGUAGUCAAAUUGAAAAGUUUGAACUAAAUCAUCUAGUUACCAUGGAAACCAAAUGUCCUUUCCAUCUUUAAAAAGUGGCAUGAUCUUUUUUGUACAGAAGAGUACUGUAUUUUGGAAUUGUCUACCUACAUGUAAGUGGAAGUAUGUAUGAUAUUGUCAAUUUUUCAUUUGAACAUAAAAUUGUAACACUACAUAUAGAUGAUGUACAUUUUACAGGAGGCCUUGUGUACAUUUCCUGAUGACAUUUUGCAGGCAGAAUUGUGACCAUAUGUGUAUAAUUAAUAGUUAUUUGUAUUCUUUGCCUCUGGAAAUAUUUUGAAAUAUGCUUUGUAUAUUCAGUUUCUGAAAGAUAAAAGAUUGUGCUUUGUAUUUUGAUGAUCCUUGAAAGUCAGUAUUUUGUAUAAACAGAAUAUCUUGUGGAUUUGGAACAAUCUGGAAUUAUUUAUCUUGAGGCCUUUGGAUGUGAUGUCCUUAGCAUUGAAGAGAUAAAAAGUUGUUUUCAUUAGGGCUGUGCAGUCAGAUAUUUUUAAAAUGAACUAAAGCAUCAGUGAUCUUAAAUUAUUCAAUGUUAAAGCUUUAAUAUUUUUUAAUUAUUUUAUACUAUUAAUUUGUGCAGCCCUUUUUUCUGUCACAACAUUAGAUUUUCCAAUCUAAUAUUGUUAAGCUGCACUAUGGCACUUGCUGAUUUUAAAAUUGCUUUGCAGUACUUAUCUCAUCCAAGAACUGCAAAAAAUGCAUCAUCAGGAAAGAGUAUGUUGGCCAUGUUUAAAUAACUGGCUGUUAGCCUACUGUGUGCAUAAAGCCAGUAGGUUUGUUUCAGCACAGCCCUAGUUUCCAUGGCAACUAUUUAUUUGUUGUGUAAAGGAGGUCACUGUGUGAAAUUGUUCUCUGGUUUUAGCUUGGGAAGCAGGAGUCUGGGUAAAAAUGCAGAUCAAGAAAUUUUAAAUUAGCAUUGAUAACAAAUGGAACAAAACCACUAGGCAUUUUACUGAUAUUUCCUCUAACAUGGAUUAUUGAUGGACCAUUUUUAUCUUAUGUUUAAUCAGGUCUGCUGCCAGGCUCCUUGGCAAUUAAGAUGGAGUAAUGUUAUAUUCAUUUAAUUGUAUAUGCUGUAUAAAAAAAUGAAAAAAAGUGUGAAUAACAUAUGUAAUAAAUCUGUUCUGUUUUCUGUAGGAAAA